AUGUCGCUUGAAAUCAAAUUCCAAGAAUCGACCAAGAAAUCGGACCCAAGAGCCGACCAGAUUCUGACCGGCUUCGAGGAGAACGACGAUCCAAUUCUGAUUCCAGAUGAUGAACCAGAUCCAGCUUCGCUUGGAUUGCCAGUAUCCUUUGAUUCAAGUAAAACGUCAAAAAUAACGUCGAAGAGCCUAGAAUCCCGACAGAGAGGGCCACAGGACAAGAAUCGGAGAUUCAACAUCACCGGUGGUAAAGACUGCAACCGCAAUUUCAAAUGCGUUCUCUCAAUGUGGCAAAGUCGAAGAAUAGAAACACAUCCCAAACCAGCGAAAUUUCAAACGACCCUAAUUGACCCAAGCCCUCAAAAUAGACAAUACCGUUGUCGACUGACACUGCCAACAUUGGACAAUUACGAUAAAUCUUAUGUGCAUUCCCUUCGAUGGGCAGCGGAGAACUUUGCCGGCAAAGAUUGCUUGGAUCAUAUUGUCAAGAAACGGAUAUUAACUUCAGUCUACGAGACAUGA